CCCGCGCUGGCACCGAUGGCUCUGCUGUGGCUGCUCUGUGUCCUGCUGGCCCUGGCCGGGCCCGUGGGGGGCUCCUGGGACACCUGCAGAGGCACCUGCGGGCUCCGGCCCACGGUUGUGGAUGAGAGCGCCGCGAUUCCCGAGUACAAACCCUGGGAUUCCGCCAACGGCACCACCCUGGACGCCAGCCCGGGGAGCUGGGCUGGCAUCGCCAGCAUCCAGGUCACCUUCGACAAUGGCACGUGGCACAUGUGCUCGGGGACACUCGUCAGCCGCCGCUGGGUCCUCACCGCUGCCCGCUGCUUCACCGAGGCCGGGGACGUCCACAAGUGGAAGGUGGUGCUGGGCGCCACGGACCUGGCGCAGCCGGGCCCCGAGGCCGAGGUGUUCCACGUCCGGCGGAUCCUGAGGCACCGGCACUACCACGAGGACACGGAGACCAACAACAUCGCCCUGCUGGAGCUGGAGCAGCCCGUGGAGUGCAGCGACUACAUCCAGCUGGGCUGCGUGCCCGACAGCGCCCUGGCAGUGGCCGAGCUGAGGACCUGCUACAUGGCGGGCUGGAGAGCGGCCCCGGACAGCGCUCCCGGCCCGCGCCUGGCGCUGCAGGAGGCCAAGGUGCGGCUGAUGGACGCCCAGCUGUGCAACAGCAGCCGCUGGUACGGGGGGGCCCUGCACCCCCAGGACCUGUGCGCGGGGUACCCGCGGGGCGGCAUCGACACCUGCCAGGGGGACAGCGGGGGUCCCCUGGUGUGCAAGGACAACGUCGGUGACUACUUCUGGCUGGUGGGGCUGGCCAGCUGGGGCAAGGGCUGUGCCGGGGCCCGGAGGCCGGGCAUCUUCACCUCCACCCAGCACUUCCACUCGUGGAUCCGUGCCCACACCGGCCCCAGCCUGGCAGCGCCGGUUCCAGCCCCGGUGCCCACCAAGAGCCAACCGGAACCGCCAGAAACGGAGCCGGGCCCCGCCACGGCCGUGUCCUUCCCCAAACGCGCCCUGAUGCGCUUCCUGCAGAAGCUGCAGGAGCUGCUGGAGAUGCUCGAGGACAGGAGCGGGUGA